GGAGUGUGUUGCAGUCAUCAGAUUUGAAAUGAGUGCAUAUUUUCAAAAAUAAAUUAAAAUCACAAAGUAAAACAUCAAAUAAUGUGUUAAUGAUGUCUUCUCAAUAUAGUACAGGGUGAACUGAAUUUUGUUGUUUUGGGUUUUUUUUUUUUUUUGGCAUUUUCCAUACUGUCCCAACUUUUUCAGAAUUGGGGUUGUACUUGUUUUGUAAAACUGAUUACAACUAUGGCUUUUAAAAGAAACCUCCAGAUGUUCAGUGUACUCCCACAAUCAAGAGUCAGCUUUAAGUUGAAGUAGUUGAUAUGUCCAGUAUAUCAAUAUAUUGUGACUCAUGAAUUGAUGAAGGUGUCAAGUAUCUCCCAAGUGGAGGUGUAUGCAAAACAACACUUGCCUCCAAAUUGCAAAUUAGGUCACGUUGUCACACGAUCAAACAGCUGCAAGGUCAGGGAGAAAAAAUAAAAACAACUUGACUUACAUGUUGUAUCAAGUUUCUUCGAAGUGUUCGGCCAGUACAUCUGGAAGGGGGCAUAUGCAAAAUGGCAUUUGCCUCCAAAAUGCAAAGUGGAUUAUGUAAAGUUGGUCAUCUUAACUGCCUGACAUGACCACUGCUCUGUUCACCACACUGAUGUACAUUCAUCACAAGGAGCAAUGGUGCGUUGUGUGUUCUUAGGCUGCCUCUUGACUUUUGCUUUUUACUUUUUCGCCAAACAUGAAUGCAAGUCAAGUGAGUUUACCUUGCCAGGGGACUAUAUACUUGGGGGAAUUUUUGAUGUGCAUUCAGCCAGUGACGUUGUGAUUCCGAAUUCUCCUAUGGCACUAGAGUGCAAAACGCAGCCAUUUUCAAUGUCAGCUUAUCAGAUGCUCGAGGUGAUGCGGUUUGCUGUGGAGCAGAUUAAUAACUCCACAACCAUCUUGCCUAACAUCUCUCUUGGAUAUGAGAUCUUUGAUUACUGCUUAAAAACUCGGAGUUUUCCUUCAAUUCUCUAUUUUAUCUCAGACAAUGGACGAAUCAAUGUGUCGGCCAAGGAGAACAAACAUAAUGUUAUUGGUCUCGUGGGUGCAUAUGCAAGCUCAGAAUCUAUGUCUGUUGCACCUUUAUUCAUGAUGGACCUCAUUCCAAUGAUUAGCUAUGCCUCCUCCAGCUAUCGUCUAAGCAAUAAGUGGGUCUAUCCAAGUUUUUUGAGGACUGUACCAACCAACCAAGAUCUAAUUAUGGUUAUAAUUAAGCUAAUUCAGCAAUUUGGAUGGAAUUGGGUAGCUUUCAUUAGCAGCAAUGAUGCAUAUAGUCAAAAUGGCCUCGAAUUAUUUAUCAGUAACAUCAAAGACACCAGCAUCUGCUUGGCCUUUUUCUACGAACUUAAUUCAAAGUCCAAUUAUUCAGAUGUACUAAACAAGAUAGACUCACUCAGCAUCAACGUGAUCAUAGUCUUCACGCAGGCACUCCCUGCCCGAGAAUUUGUCAAAACAGCCAUCAGAAUCAAUAUUAGAGACAAAGUUUGGAUAGCGGGUGAUACAUGGUCUAUGGAUGAAGAACUUAUCAGUUACCCAGGCAUUGAGCAAAUUGGGACUAUUUUCGGUGUUACAGCAACAACUCUGAGUUUACCUGGAUUUGACGACUUUGUCUACCAAACAAGGCUCAUUGGGGAAAAUGAUGACUGUGUGAAUUGUGAGGAUGGAGAGACGUGCAAUCAGGUUUGCGAAAACUGCACAAACCUGAAUGCAGAGGACAUUAUAAGCCAAAACCCUACAUACUCAUUCUCCAUCCAGGCGGCUGUGUACGCCUUUGCCUACGCGCUCCAUCAAGCGCUCAAUUGCAGCAUGACAGGGUGUGAUCCACCUAGAGACAUCCCACCUUAUGUGGUAAAUCAUUGUGAAUGUGCUCACACCUAUUUCAUUGAUAAACCAUGUCGAUUAGUCCAAACUUCAAUACAUAAGUGCUGUUUUCAGUGUGAGAAAUGCAGUGCCCAUACAUACAUCAACACCACAGCGGAUGCUUACACUUGUACUCCAUGUGUAGAGGGUUACUGGUCUGAUGAAAUGAGCAUAAUCUGCAAAAAGCGCAUUAUUGUCUAUCUUCAACUCGAGGACCCUCUGUGCAUGUUAUUCUUCAUAUGUGCUGUGGCCUUCAUUGUUGUCUCCAUUGGACUCAUAAUCCUUUUUGGCAUCAACUACAACACUCCUGUGGUAAAGUCUGCUGGUGGUAAUAUGUGCUUGCUUAUGUUAUUUUGUUUGAUUCUGGCCAACAUUGGGGUGUUCUUUUACUUUGGAGUACCAGACCCAGUGAAUUGUGUUUUAAGGAAUGUCUUUUUCAUAUUUUUCUACACUAUUUGCCUUUCUUGUAUGGGUGUACGUUCCUUUCAAAUUGUUUGUGUCUUCAAAAUGGCUGCCCAGUUUCCAGAUGUCUAUCACUGGUGGAUGAAGAACAAUGGUCAGUGGCUCUGUAUUAAUGUCUACUCUUUCAUACAGCUUGUUGCUUGUGGGAUAUGGCUUCUAACCGGAAGACCCAAACCCUACAAUGACAGUACUUCUUUUAAAGAUCAGACUAUUUUGGCAUGUGAUAUGGGAUCAAUGGUCACAUCCACCUUGGCUUGGUCUUGUCUCUGGUUUCUUAGUAUAGUCUGUUUCUGUUUCUCCUACAUGGGCAAAGAUCUUCCAAAAAGCUACAGUGAAGCGAAGAACAUUACAUUUAGCUUGCUCGUAUUUUAUCUGGGCUGGAUUGCAUAUUUCACAGCGUACAUUGUGUUCAGAGGAGCUUACAUACAGCUUCUUAAUGCAGUUGCACAGCUGUCCAGUUCAUAUGGAAUUAUUAUAAGUUUCUAUAUGCCAAGGGCCUACAUCAUUAUUUUCCAACCCAAAAAGAACACCCAGGCAUACUUUCAGUCAUCAAUCCAGACAUAUACACAGACUCUUAGCAGAAUGUAG